AUGUUAAUCAAUCGCUGUUAUUAUCCUGAAACUCGUAAAGCAAUCGAUCAUUACAGUUAUGCUCUAAAUGAAGAAAUAGGAAGAGGAUUUAGUAGUAAAGUAUAUAGAGGGAGAGAUGAGAAUAGUUAAAUGACAGUGGCUGUUAAAGUAUGAUAUUAAAUUAUAAAAUAAGGUAAUUGAUAUGAAGAUGGUAAAACAGAGCAUUCAUGCUACAUUACUAAAGAAUGAAAUAAAUGCUCUGAAAUCAUUUAACUCAAAGAACAUACUAAAAUUGUAUGACGUUUUCUAAACACAGAAUAAUACAUACAUCAUAACAGAGUAUUGCGAUUCUGGAGAUUUAAGUGGAGUAAUAAAAAAGAGAGGAAGAAUAGAUGAACCAGAAGCGUUGCGAAUAAUGAAUGAAAUAAUAACAGGAUUACUAGAGAUAAAUUAAAAAGGUUACAUUCAUAGAGACAUAAAGCCAGCAAAUAUAUUGAUAGAGAAAUAGACUCCAAAAAUAGCAGAUUUUGGUUUUGCUGUAUAAAUAAACAGUAUGGAAGUGAAACAAUAAGGAAGACAUUAUAAUGUAGGGACUCCAUUAUACAUGUCUCCUUAGGCAUUGAGAUAAUAAGGUCAUACAGAGAAAGGAGAUGUUUGGGCAAUGGGAGUAAUGUUUUUUGAAAUGUUAUUUGGAUAAACCCCAUAUACAGCCUAAACAGAAUAAGGAUUAUUAACAGCAAUAUUGCAUCAUCAUCUUAUUAUUCCUUCUCAUCCUUCAAUAUCAGAUGCUUCAAAGGAUUUCAUUCGAAGAUGUCUUUGUAUAGAUGAGAAUUAAAGAAUGAGAGUCAAAGAUAUGUCUACUCAUGCCAUAUAUUCACAAUUCUCUUAACCUGUUUAUAAACCUAUUCCAUUAUAAACUUAAUAAUCAUCCAAUAUACCAACACCUGCAACCAGAACUCCAAUAAUAAAUAAGGAUAGAUCAUAAAGUUAGGGAAUCAGAGAUUUCUAAUCUAGACCUAAAUGUUAGGUAUUCGUGCAAUAAUAUUUAAGACAUAAAUCCAUAAUGAUAGCAAAGUAAGUAAGAGAUGUCCAUCAGAAAUGUAUCAUUUACCACAUCCACCUACUACUGUUAUUGAACCUCCUACUUCUGAUCCUAUGAGAUCUAAAAGUCAAAAAUAAAUUACUGAAUCAAGAAAAACCAUUACACAAGAAAAUCAAUUCGAAAAAAGAAGUUUUAAAAAAAAUAAUACUGUGCUUUAAGAGUAUUUUAUUAUAUUAUCAUUUAGACGAUCACUUAAUGUUCAAACUCAACCCUCUUAAAAUACUACUCCUGUUUAAUCACCCAUCAAAUUUAAAUCUAACAAUGACAUUUUAUUUGCUUAAAUUAAUUAUUGUAGAUUUCUGUACAAAUUCUCAUAAUAAAUCAUUAAUUCAAGGUAAAUUACUUUAUCAAAUGGUUUAAAAGAGAAAUUAUUAUUUUUAAUGGCCAAAAAUAUUGCCAUGAAAAUCUCCAAACUUCAUACCAUUAUUGAUAAAGAAAAUUCUAAAGAUAACACUUUCCAACUUGAAGACUUCGAUGUCUAUAGAAAAGCUGAAUCCUUUUAAAAGUUUAGUUAAGCUAUUGCAGAAUAUAAUGAAAACUAUAAAAGAUACUUUGAUAAAACUUAUUAAAUGAUAGUUAAUAAAAGUAAUCAUUAAAUCUCAUUUAAAUAUAGAUCUUCCUUAAGAUAAAAAGUUUGAAGCAUUAUUUGACAAGGACUUAAGUGAAUUUGAAAGUUUCUAUUUUAUUACUCAAUCCUAUCUUAGGUAAGCAUUGUAAGAAUUAAAGGGUGAAUUACCCAACUCUAAUUCUGAUCCAGAUGCCUUUUUACCUGAAGAAGUAAAUAUUUUUCAUAUUAUUUAUAGUUUAAUUUCAAUUAUUUUGUUAGUCAGUAGCUAUGCAAUUAUUUACUUAUCUGUCAUUGUACAUUAUAACAUAUGAAUGAUUAUAAGAAAUUCUCCAAGAUUUUAAAAAUUGAUUAGAUGGUUGAUUAAAAACAAAACAGAUGUACUUAUAGACAAGUUGAAGAUCUAAGAAAUAAAAUAUAAGAAUUAGUUUCUAAGUGA